GGCCGGCCAACCUUUCACACAGCACAGCACAUUGGUUACAAAACCUGCUACGGAGGAGUAGUUGCAACUGGUCAUUUCUGAGAGCAUUUCGCUACAUUGUAUACCAAAUUAUCUACAGUAAAGAAAAUGGACAGGACAGUUAGCCUUCCGAAUCAACCUGACAAAACCACCACAGGUAAGACUUCCUACACUGUAGCAUAACUAGCUGUUGUUAAAUUGUUCUCAAUCAAUGUCCUGGAUAGGGUGUGAAUUGAAUGUUUCGUAAAAUUUGAUUCAUUGUUAUAAAUGUGUUUACUGGUGAUACUGUAUAAACAUUAGUUUAGAUCCCUAUUGAGUAGGCUUUUAGCUCGACUAUUAUUAGUUAGGGAUCUUCUCUAGCUAGUCGCACUCAAAGGGAAUUUCUAAUUACCAGAUUUUACCUUGGGUAUUUUUUUUCCAGUAGUUUCACAUUUUUACAUGACAUUUUACAGUAGGCUAUUCCACCGUCAUACACCUCAUUCGGUUCAGAUCAGGGUCAGCAAUUUUGCCAACGAUUUAGCAGCUGGCUUUUGCUAAACGUGAACAGAAAGUGCUUACUUGCAGGUCAGGAAGCAAGGCACGAGCCACUCAAAGCAUGAACUUGUGGAGCCGCUUAUGUAUUCUAGUCAGUCUGUCUGAGGUUAUUUGUGGAGGGGAGGCCAGACGUUUUGAAGACUGUAGGCCUACGUAAAUGGGUGUUGCAAUCAGUAAAUCCAUGUAGUCUAGACUAGCACAAAGCUUCACAAAAAUGUCUAGCUUUGUCACCAUUCCUCAAUUUGUGUUAUGCAAGUUUCAAGUGUCCCUGUGUGUUUGUAGUGAACUUGGUGGAGAGCAGCAGCAACCCCAAUGGGCUGGACCUAGUCAGCUCCUACCAGACCAACAGGGUGGGAGACCCCAUGGAUCUGGUUGCUCUGGCAACACAAGUACAACGGGUAAUUAAAUUAAUGGCAUUGUAAUGGAAUAAUGAUAAUGAUGAUUAUAUUAAUCAGAUUAUCCAUAGUCAUGUACAGACCUUGUGGGAAGCAAACCCCUGGUGUUGCCAGCACCAUUCCCCUGCCAACUGAGCCUUUCUGAACCCUAACUUUGGUUUGACGUCGCCCCCUCAAGAAUGUAUCAUAAUGAUGAAGACAUUCUGUUUGAGAUUUACCUUAUGUUUGGUUACCUGUAUUGGGUUCCUAGGGAGAUGACUUUGUCAGAGCCAACGCCUGCAACAGACUGACAGUCAUUGCUGAUCAAAUUAGAUACCUGCAGGAACAAGCCAGAAAGGUGAGGCGCAUGGCUUACAUAUUACUUUAUGUAACCAAUCUAUGUAAUUCAUAUAGGGAAAUAAUUAAGUAGCAUUUGUGAUACCAGUUGGUUUGAUCUGAAUGUUUUUGUUCUCUGGUGUAGGUUUUAGAGGAUGCCAAGAAGGACGCUGAGCUGCACCACGCUGCAUGUAACGUCGUCAAGAAGCCAGGGAACAUGUAUUACCUGUACGAGCGGCCCUCCGGACAGAAAUACUUCUCCAUCCUCUCUCCUCAGGUAAGCACAUCACACCUGGGCGGCAUUAGGCACAAUAAUUUGGAACGUUCAGAUAUGGCUCUACUCUGAAAGAUAAGAAACAUGUCUAUUCCGUCACAUUUCUAACGUUCCAAUCACCCGGGAAAGCCCCCAGCACAAACAGCAGCUGAAUGACUGAGUAACAUAAUGUUACAGAACAUAUACCACCAUGUGGUGUAUAAUGUUAUGAGUUGGGACAUUUAGACGUUCAAAGUCUACAUGUGACCCUGAUGGGAGUUGAUAAUGUUCCCUUUAGCCGGUUAGAGGUGGUGCUGACUGACCACUUGCAUCUUUGUGUGCACACGCAUUGGCCACAGAGCAUGGUUGUGUAAGCACAGUAGCACACACAGGAGAACAUUGAAUGGAUAUAGAAAGAUUAACAAAAAAGUCCCACUUUAAUUUGUAUAUAAGAAAGGAACAGCCCAUUAGGUGUCUGCCAAACCCAUAACCCUUUUAGAAAAAGAUGGUGCUAAUAUUUACUCUACUAAUGACUAAACUGCUUCUCUUAUCUAAUUGCGUAAUGGCCUCUCACCUAUCUCUCUUUUGAAGGACUGGGGCGCCGGCUGCCCUCACAAGCCUUGUGGUGCGUUCAAGCUUCAAUACGACAUGUCCUGGACCCCUAUAGACGACGUGGAGAAGAAGGACGCUGAAAUUGCCAUCAUGGACAAACUCCUGAGCCAGCAGACAGCCCUGCCUCCCUGCUUAGAGGCCAACUUUGAGAACAUCUCGAAGUAGAGCUGCAACCUGGAACAGGACCGUCUUAAAGGGGCCACAUUGAGUGGCAUUAAAAUGGUCUUACUGGACAUACAGGGACAUAUUUGCUAGUUUGAGAAACAUAAGCUAACUUGGGGGGGUGUGCAUGCAAAGUAAAGGCCAAAAUGUGUAUUACAACACAUUAACAAAUAUUUGUUUUGUUUUUAUUCAUUUGGCGCAAACUUUUAGGCAAGCUCAGUAAAUCUGGUCCCAUUGGGGUUUUAUUGUGAAACUUUAGUCAUACAGAACUGUUUUAUUGUGUGGAAUCCUUCAUUACGUCAAAGACAAUUGUACGGUCUUCAAACUGCUCAAAUGGAAAGUCUUGAAGACAGAGUUUAUGGGAAAUAUCCCAUGUACAACAGCAUUAGGAAACAAUUCAAGGUUCUAAAUGGUUCUUUCCAGUUUUUCACCAAAGGUCUUUCAAGGAAUGUAUUUAUGAUUUACUUAAAAUAUUAAAGCAUAUUCCUUUUCACACAAUGGGAAACUGCUAUAUCACUCAAAUGACCAUCUCUAAUAGUAGAUUGGUGUCCAAGUCUUAAUUCUAUUUUCUUCCUUAUGUUUUCAUGGGGGACCAGGCAACCUGUUCUGUAAUUGGAAUGCAUUUUCUGUUUUUGGGACCUGCAAAAUGAUUGUACAGCUGUAAUAAAAUAUUUAAGUAUGGCACUUCUGUGUUAAGCAUGAGGUAAACAAGCAGAAGUCAGUCACACAUUG